UCAAAAUGGGUUUUUCUCCCUUUUUUGUCUAAAUGCUCUAUAUUGUGAUCCAAGUAAAUUGACAUGGCAAGUUCAACAAAUGUGUUUUUGAAUGGAAUUUGCCCUAAAGGAAGUGUCUGCUUGUACAGUUGAGUAGACCACACUUGCAUGUCUUUAGUACAGUAGUGUCUGUGUAUUGAACUGAUCAGAGUGUUGAUUUAGCUUGCUGUACACUCUAGCUGAAAGAUUCAAGGAAGAGAUUUUGUGCACAUUCAGAUCUAUUGCUGUGCUGAGUGAAAGCCAUGCCUGUGGCAUCUUACCAUUUUAUAUGGAUCCUGUUACUGUGUUGCACUGCAGAUCUCCAAGCUCAUAUGUUAAAUGAGGCCCCUAUGGAUAUGGUUGUUGCUGCUGAGAGUGUGUAUAUUUUGGGGAGCAGCAGUAUCACACAGUUGCAUCGGAAUCUCUCUUUGCUUAAUGAGGCUCCCUUGACAUUCAAGCAGCAAGUUGAAGCCACUAGAAAUGAUGCAUUGAGUAUGGCUAUCAGAGAGAAUGAAACUGAAUUGGUGGUAUGUUUUGCUUAUGGAAAAUGCUUUCUGUUUUAUAUGGUCGACGAUGGAUACUGCACAGAUGAUAAUUCUUUCAUUGCUAGUUUUGGAUAUCCAACAAAUGUUUUGCUCACUGACAUAGAAAUGAACUCUUUCUACAUCGCUUUUCGUGCACUUGAUCAAGGGUCUCAGUUGCGUUUUCUAAAACUAGAACAGUUCUCUAUUGAUGAGAUCAUUUAUGAUGACUUAUACAGUGAUUAUUACGAGGAGGAACCAAUACCAUUGGAAAUCAAUAGAAUUCGCUCCCUGUCGUUGAGUAUAACCAACUCAUCCUUUCGUGAUCGCAUAUUUAUCAAUGCAUUCAGACUCGGCAACCAUGUGUAUUUCGUGGGACGUGAUGAAGAUACUGAUUCUAUACCAAAAAUUACUCUCAUGAGAAUCUGUGACAAAGGAAAUCAGAUGUUCAGUACUGAAGGAUAUGACGUUUACGAGAUACGAUUGUCUUGCGGACCUGUGUCUGCAGAAACCAACUUCACUGGAGUCUCCGUACUUGACAAUACUAUGGUGCUAGGACUAACUAAUCGACGGUACUCAAGGCACUGCACAUUCAACCUCUCUCGCAUUAACAUGAUCCUGGAUAGUGCUUAUGAUCAAUGCUCUUCUGGAGAUUAUGAUAACCCGUUGCCAUGGGCUAUAUACAACCGUCAUAGCUGUACAACUUUCCAGGAGAUUGCAGAGUCUCGCUGCAAUUUCGGAUCACCCAACCAGGGAAGUGGAGGUAUUGUGCCUGCAUUAGCCGUGAACUUUGCUGCUAUAGGAGAAGUGGCUGUAGAAGUAUGGAACUACUCUGUCCGUAUUUCCUUGGCUGUUGCUGCUGACAAUGUAAUGCUCGUAUACUUGGCAGCCUCUAAUGCAACAGGCCACUACUUGCUGAAGUAUUAUAGUGGUGGUGAUAGUGACACUAUUCUAGUGGAAGAAUAUGAACACAGCCAGCCAAUUGUGGUGUUGAAGCAAGCUGAAGACCACAUAUAUGCCGCAACCAGUGUUGAGGUUUUUCGCUACAAGGUCUUUAGUGACUGUUCCCAGUACUUCAGUUGUGACAGCUGCACAGCCAUGAAAGACCCAGUGUGUGGAUGGUGUGUGCUAGAAAACAAGUGCUCUCGUGCUCUUGUGUGUAACUCCUCAGAGUUGAUUGGACGGUGGAUAAAUAAUCAAAAACAGUGCAUAGUCAAUGUGUCUCUCAGUAACAAGUUUGCCACUAUAGAAGGGCUAUCAAAUAUUUCAUUUGUGACAAUACCAAGCACCAGUGUGUUCCCAAGCUUGACUAAGAACGAGUCUUUUACGUGUGUGUUCACAGACAUCAAAACUAAAACCAUUCACAAUUUGACAGUACAAGACAGUGCUUGUGUAGGUGAUAACUUCAACCUCACUCUGCUCAACACUUCUUUCACACAACUGUCGGUAAGGAUUUUAAGUGAUAAUGACAGCCCUUCAAUUGAAUUCCACUCAAACUCUGUGUUGACUGUGUUUGACUGCUCACAAUACAAAAGGUGUAUUUCCUGUCAACAUGCCCCUGGUUGUGGUUGGUGUGUGUAUGACUACAAGUGCACAGCUGACAGUUCGACCUGCAGAGUGCCAACUGACUGGAGAGCAGCUCCACGGCACCAUGUUCAUACUCAUACCUGUCCAAUUUUGCUCAAACCACCGAGUGGUAGAUAUCUGCAACCUGUGGGAGUUAGUAAGAAGCUUAACCUGUCAACGCAGCAUAUUCCCCCUCCUAUAUUGGGGCAUAAAUACGUCUGCAGGAUCAGAUAUCUUGGUAAACAAUCAAUUGAUUUCGAUGUGGAAGCUAAGUACACUCUUUCUUCUAUGAAUAUCAGCUGUCAGUUUAAAAGAGAACAGACUAGGCAGUUGUUGCGAAUGACAUCAGGAGUUGGCGGUGCUCAAUUGUCACUCCUUUAUGUUGACAGCAACGGAACCAUAAAAGAAAAGAUAGAUUUCAGUAGAGACAAUGACUCAGACAACUACCAAAUGGAUUUUGUCAAUCCCUCAGACUUGAUAUCUCAGGAACCUUCCAUCGAGCAAUCUGAUAUGCUUCUGUACGACUGCUUUCAACUGGGUACGUCCUGCUCUACCUGCAUGUCACUGAGAUUAAGGCCUGAGGGCUUUGCCUGUGGCUGGUGCACUAGCUCAGGCUGCACUGUUUCCGGGGACUGUGAUGGCAUCUUCUACAUACAGGACCUGUCAGGAAGGUUUUGUCCACAUCCAAUAAUCCAAUCGGUGUCACCUUCCUCUGGGCCGAUUCAAGGAGGAACGGUUGUCACUAUCACUGGUGAUGAUCUAGGGAUUGAUUUAACCUCUAUAGAAUCAAUCAUGUUUGGACAACACCCAUGUUCUGUCAUUGCAAAUGAAUACCAGCCAGGUCGAGUGAUCAAGUGCACGACAUCAGCAGCAACUGACUCAGAAACUGUGCACAUCAGUCUUACUGUAAAUAGAGGUAGUCCAGGGCUAGUUGGGGCCACACCAAUCUUUGAAUUUCAUUACGAGAACCCUACAAUCACAUCAAUUUACCCACGAUAUGGUCCGAUCAGUGGAGGCACUUUGGUGGCUAUAGAGGGCUCCUCAUUGAACACUGGGGAUGAUGGUUCUGCAGUGAUCAGUCUAGCUGGACAGGAUUGUGUCAUCAGGUCUAAGACUUCAGAGAGGAUACUAUGUGUCGCAUCUCCUAAUGAAGCUGAUGAUGGCUUCAUUCAUAUCUCCAUUGAUGGUGCCAAUAUUUAUGAGGGCUUUUACUUGUAUUUGCCCGACCCUGUUAUUUUCUCAGUAUCACCAUCUACCACAAUUGAGUCAGGAGGCAUCACUCUAACCUUUACUGGAUCAAACCUAAACAGCACAGUGAAGCCCACACUGUUGGUAUUUGAAGACCAACAGGAAUAUGUGGGGGUUUGUGAGGGUGUUAAUGCUACUGCUUUAGAGUGCAAGGCUCCGAGAUUGUCGUCAAUGCCCAAUGGGAGCGUGAGGAGAUAUUCACCAAAACCUCUGAACUACACUAUAAUUAUGGACAAUGCUCCUCGUCCAAACACUACCAACCCUGAACUUACGCUGAUUACAAAAUCAGAUCCUGUCUUUGUCGAGAUACAAGAUGCUGAUCAAGUUUACGUGCGGGGAUCACAAGAAUUUAUUGCUAUCCUUGGUCGCGACAUCAAUAAUGUUCAAGCGAUGGAGAUUGCAGUUUCUGUAGACGGUCUUCCUUGUGAUAACAUCAUACUCUCCCAGAAUGUUCUGCGGUGCAAGCCUCCUCCAUUUAUGGGACUUUCCACUGCAGUUUAUCAUGCAAAUGUGAAGGUAACUGUGGGAAGUGGUAGCCUGGAGUACAACGUUGGAGUACUGGAGUAUAUCCAAGAUAAUUCUUCGAUGAAUGUCACAAUGAUCAUUGCUGUUGCUAUGGGAUCUUUACUAGGUAUCAUUUUAAUGAUAUUCUUGGUCUGCACACUGGUUUUGUCAGGCCGUUUAAUUCGGAAGAAUUGUUCAAAAAGGGAUCUUGAGGAAGUCGUUAACGUUAAUGGAGGUCAAAAUGGACAACAAGAAUUCUCACCACCAGAAUAUGAUUAUGUCAGUCACGAGAAUGUUUAUGAAGAUAUCAGCGACCUCGCCAUCAAUACUGGACGAGAGUGGCCUGUUGGUAGUGUCAAAAAUGUGGCCAAUGGAAGAUAUCAAGAUUCUCUCCAACUAAACAGAAGAAAUGCUAAUGAUGUUCCCAAUGAGGAGUACAUUGAGAUGGGGGGGGCUCACAGUCUUUUUCAACCCAGAGUAGCAGGAGCUGAGUUGCCGAGGUUGGAAGUUGCUAGCAGACAAAAUAGAGAGGUCAGAAGAGAUGAUGCAGCCAGAAAUGAUGGUGUGGUGGAAAGAAACAUUGAAGACAGACAAGGCGGUGCAAUGAGAAGAGGUGGUGCAGCCAGAAGAGAUGUAGCAAGACAAGAUGGUGUUGGUGCCACCCCUGUUGCUAGUGGAGAGUACGUAGAUAUGCUACCACCUUCUCUCAGGAUGAGUCGUCCCACGAGCAGCAUGCAGAAUCCAACUCAGAACCGUACUCGCUGCAUCCUUGCUCCAAGAGAGUCAACGCCUUCUGCCACUGCCAACGUACAGAACGAUGAGAAUGCUGAAUCAGAAGAUGAUAGAAGUAUUAGAGUGACAAAACUGCGCUGUGCCCUGGAUCUCUGAUGGCGGAUAUUCUGGCUAGAAUUUGCUGAUAAUUAUAAUUUGGUAUUAAUGUAAUCAAGAACAAAACAAGUCAUGAUGCUUGAUUGUAAAAAAACUUUCUGUUUAAUACACUUACUGCUGUUUUUGUCUAUAGAUAUUGUCAUCUGCAAAUCAAGCCGAUAAUUUUGUAAGAACAAUAAUAAUUUACACAUUCAUUACAGUUUUGCUGCUCUAUAAGAAUUUAUACUGUCACCA